GCCGUCGUCACGCGGACGGCUGUACGCCGUGCCAUGAAUGAGGGCGCGCCGUCGCCGUCGCAACGCAGCUGAGUGACGUCCUGGCAGAUAGAACAAACCAGGUGUGAGCACUGUCUUUCCAAAGUUACACUGAAGCCGUUGGAGGAAAGGUCGGACCUCAGGCCUUCCCGCGGCACCAACUACUGACGGCGGAUUUGCUCACAGAUCCUUCACAGCUGUUUCAAAGAACCAUUCUGUGAUUCUAUGAUCUUCCAGGACCCUUCCAACCCACACCAUCCUGUGGUUCUAUCAUCUUCCAGGACUCUUCCAACACAAACCAUUCUAUGGUUCUGUGAUCACUAAGGAACCUCCCAAGCCACGCCGUCCUGCAGUUCUAUGAUCUUCCAGGACCCUCCUGUGCGGGUGAUGUCACAAUGAUGUGAUGACCUCACAGAGGCCCUGGGGUGGGGCAGGGGCAGUGGGUCAGCGCUGAACCUGCCUGCCUCAUUUUGCGGUUGGUUCUGGUCCAGCGAGGAGCUGUGCGAGUGGUGCAGCAAUGCGGGCCCAGUUUGCCAGCGGGACAUUAACAGAUCUGCAGCGUGUGAAUCUGCUGGAGGAGCUGCUGCAGGCUCAUGAGCGCGCCGUGGAGAAGCGCAAGGCUGAGGCCAGGGAAUCCUUGAUGAAGGAUGCCCAGCAAAUACGGGCAGAAAGAACAGCUGCCAGAAAGGAGGAUCUGGAGCAGGAGAAGCAGUUCAUUGCCCAGCUGGAAGAUCAGCUGAAGGCUGAGACAGAGGAGAUCGAGGUGCUGCGCCAGGAAAGACAGCGCCUGCAAGAGGAGCGGGAGGAGCUGGAGCUGGAGGGUGCCUGGCAGCAGCAUCAGCUGGAGCUGGAGGCAGCCCACGUGCCUGGGGCUGUGCUGCCGGAGCUGGUGGAAGCAGAGCUGGAGAAGGCUGAGCGGGCGAGGAGACGUGGGCUCGCCUUCUGGAUGAAGAUGAUCUGCCUCAUCUUUGUCAGCCUCCAGCUGCUGCUCGUUACCGUGUUGGGCUGUGCAGUGCUGUACGCCCAGAACUAUGACCAGGAGCUGUUGCUAUCGGCUCCUGCUGCGAGUGCUGCCCCAGGCAAUGCCCUGGAGCUGGUGCCAGCCUCCCAGGCCGUGACUCUGGCUUUUAGCCCCUAG